AUGCCCAGAGGAAAAGGAAAAGAGGCCGGAGAACCAACCGAGACCGCGUCGAUUGCUAGCGUGAUUGUCGAGGAUAGAGUGGAUCAAGAUCUAGAAGGUGCCUUCCUGGGCACUAUACUGUUGGACGUCCGAAUCCUCGACACUCGAUGGGACAAGAACAGAAGGAACCGAGACAUCCAGCCCGGUCUAGUCGCACGGCUCAAAGAAGCCUUCAAAAACGGCAUCAAACGAUACGCAAUUGAAGAUCAUCUCAAAGCUACAACCACCGAACCGGAAUUUGAUGGUCUUCUCAAAGCUAAUCUCCCAAACUCCACAGGAUCUCCUGACUCUGACCUUUCAUACCUUCGUAACCGCGCAGCCACUCACUCUGGCCUUAAGGCUAUGAUGCUUCAUAUCGAAAACCUGCCAUAUAAAACCCAGCUUACUCUCCGGAAUGGCCAGCAUCGUGUACGGGCUCUGAUCGAACUUUGCAACGAGCAGAGAGAGCUGGCAGCAUCGGGUGCAUCGGAUGACUCUGGCAGGCCGAUUAGACCACCGGGUAACGAGGACUAUCUCUGGGCUGUCGAUCUAUACGACAACAACAAGUUAACGUCCGACACCCUUGCUGCGCUGAUCUCAAAUCGGGAAAUUGUUCGCCAAACAAAUUCAGAAGGGUACAAUGCCCUGAACAUCAUCACGUACCUCGACCAGCUGGACGAUACUGCAAGAGCCGAGCGCCUGAAGGCGAACAAUUUCAAACGGUGGCUCAACACGGUAUUUGGAGUGAAUCUGACAUAUGCCACCCGCAUGAUCACCAUCCUUAAAGACAAGUCUCUGUCCAACCUCAUCCGCCUAUAUUGCGGAACAAGAUAUGGUGAAAACUCGUUCAACUGGUCUCUGAUGGCACGGAUCCAAGCAGGCAAACAAACAGAAAUGUGGGCCCUCGAAUUUGAAAGGUUUUUCACCUUUUGUUCCACGAUUUUUGGAUCGAAACGCCAGAAUGUCAUUGCCUACAGCGACUGGAAGUUGAUCCUCUCUCUCGAUCAAGGGCGUCCUAUCUCCCAAUUGAGGCUUCUGUUCUUCCCAGAGCCUGAGGAUUAUCGGAUACAGUCGAAUGCUUCCACACCAAGGCGUAACCAACCAUUUCCAAUAUCGAAUGAGUACGCCGGCAAUCUGCAAUUUCCAAAACUGGAAACACCCAUCGUCAUUCAGAACCAGGAGUAUACUUAUCGACGACCAGGGUUUCUUGACAGUCUGUCUGAAAGGUCAUACAAGGCUGUCUUCACUAAUCUCCACACCCACCCGCAUCUGGAGUGCCCUACUUGGGGCGACUGGGUAGGCCUCGAGAAAACAGUCUCGUCAGUUGUCUCCAAGAUACUGCAUCAUAUCAUGGUGUGGGUGGAACCAACUUGGAAGCUGCCAUCCAAGUCAAGCCACGAAUGGAUCUAUUUCAGUUGGCUCCAGCAGAUCAAACGGCAUCUUUUCCCUGAUGUGGCCGAUUCUUCCCUAUCGUCAGAGACUAAAGAUUGGGAAUUUCUUCGAAGUCUCUGGGAAACGGUCAGUAACGAGAGUCUCUGGCAAGAUGCCAAUCUCCAGUCCUUGCUGAAGGAACCCGAGCCUACCAUUGGUAGCGAUGGUGAAGAGCGGCAACGUUAUCUCAGUCGGUUCCAGUAUAUACACUGGAUUGAGAUCGUGAAAUUAGUCACUGAAGCGAGGCCAAAUUGUCUCCAAGGAUUCAUGAGCGACUUCAACGACCAUGAUCGCCUGACUGCCGUGUACGAACCAUAUACCCCAUGGGGUGAAAUCUUCUGCAAGACAAAUUUCUCCAAAAAUAGGAUGCUGCAGAAAAGACCGUGUCUUAACACAAAGGCUAUCCGAGAUGACAUUGUUUUGCAGGGUGAGAUCUUCGGUGCAUUAGUUCAUUACAGGCAUCUUAAGCAGCAGAUGAUCCUCACAUCGAAGUGGGGAUGGCAAAAGCCCGCGACGGAGAACCCAGCGAGACCGUCAGGGUUAAUAGCCUCCCCGGAGGAGUAUGAAACUGCCGUUGAGGUGUUGAAGGAACUGGCGGCACUUCUUGUCAAAUUUGGCUACAGGCCAGAUAUUGAUAACUGGAAUGAGAACUUGGCGUCUUUCACCAUGGAUCGUUCUCAGAACUCCCAUCUCCCAACGGAUAUUCCUGCAAAAGCUGGGUUUUUGACAGCGAGGCCGCCUGCUUUUGUUGAUCAGGAUGAUGAGGCCCGGGCUAUGGCCAGAACUCUUCAACAGAGCAUUGUCAGGAAUCGUUUGCAGCGACCACUACCGCGAAGAGACCGUACACUGGCUGAAGAGAGCACCAUGUAG